CCGCCGUACACGCAGUUCCGCAGGUGCGCGAUUUUCGAUCCCUCCCUUCCUCGAGAAGGAUCUCGGACGAAGGAUCUCGUCAGAGCAAAAUAACGCACGAGUGCUUCGGCGGCGGCGAUCCGUUCCCGGCAAUAGCAACGGUGGAAACGACAACGGUGAUUUUCUACGCGAUUUUGUAAUUCGACGGGAGGACCGUCGCAUAAAGUGGAGUGAUACAAAUGUUUUAUGGACAUCGGGACAUCACGUUGGUAGCAUCUUCGUCGACUCAUCGAUAGUUGCGGCGCGGGUGGUUCAAAGGUGAUCACAAAAGAUCGUCGACGAUAUGUCCCCGAGAAUCCACGGACUUCCGUGAAAAAAUUAAACUUCGGAAUUUGUAGUGACUAUCGACGGAAAAAUGGCAGACCGACAGAGAAGGAGUCGAUACUUGACCAUCAGUAUACUGCAUAUUAUCACAAUAAUGUGCCAAGCGCUCUCCGACCCGCCAAUAUUUGCCGAGCCCAUACCAAAUGUCACGGUGGCGCUGGGAAGGGACGUCAGCCUACCCUGUGUCAUCGAAAAUCUCGGAAGUUACAAGGUGGCGUGGAUCCAUGUUGGUCGCCAAAUGUUGCUCACCAUUCACAAGCACGUGGUCGUGAAAGUACCCAGGUUUUCCGUGUCACAUGACAAUCAGAAAACAUGGCUGCUUCAUAUAAAUAGUGUGCAACAGGAUGACCGGGGUUAUUAUAUGUGCCAAGUAAAUACUAAUCCAAUGAUUAGCCAAGUGGGCUUUCUUCAAGUCGUUGUGCCGCCGAAUAUAUUGGAUUCCCUUUCUACGGAAAGCACUGUGGCAGUUCGGGAACAUCAGAAUAUUACACUUACAUGCAAGGCCGACGGAUAUCCGCCACCGAAAUUAAUGUGGAAACGCGAAGACGGUCAAGUAAUAAGCAUCAACAAACAUCACAAAGUGACCCUGUAUGAUGGCGAGCAAUUAAACUUGACGAGGAUCACACGCAGCGAAAUGGGCGCUUAUCUCUGCAUCGCGACCAAUGGCGUGCCGCCCACGGUCAGCAAGAGGAUCACCGUGGAUGUCGAAUUUUCGCCGAUGAUCUUCGUGCCGAAUCAGCUUGUCGGCGCGCCAACCGGCACCAACGUAACGAUCGAUUGUCACACGGAAGCUUAUCCCCGCGCCAUGAGCUACUGGUUCCUGGGAGACGAGAUGAUUCUCACCAACGAGAAGUACACGACGAAUACCAUGGAGAACAGCUACCGCGCGCACAUGAGACUCACCAUCAGAAACUUGACAGCGAGUGACUUCGGUAGCUACCGGUGCAUUAGCAAAAACUCGCUGGGCGAGACGGAGGGAUCCAUCAGAUUAUACCCCAUUCCGAAGCCAUCGGCGGCACCGAAGGCGACAGAGAUCAAGAGCAGCGCCAACAAUGAAGGACGACCGAGCACGCCACCGCCAGCAAAAAGGCUGACCACCGUGUGGCCCUCGUCGUACAACCCCUACUAUCCGAAAAGGACAGAGCGGCCGCCUCAGCCGAGUGAGGAGAGGGUCGAGAGGCCCGAGCAGAAGCUACGUGGUGGCGAAAGUACAGGAAGCGCAUACAUCAUCAGAUGGAGUGCGCCGCAGUUGAUGGUCGUGGCGGUGCAGUACAUUCUCACGGGGCCCUACAUGCCCCCCUACGUGCCGCAGACAGCGAAUUAAGACGUCCCACCCCUUCUUCCCCCAUUGCGCUGCAGGAAAAGAACCACCGUCGCGUCGUCGCGCCGUUCACCUCCGAGGAAAACGGGGGUCGUCGACGAUUGGCGCGGCGGAGCUAUAUAGGCGAUGGAGAGGAGCCGCGGGAGAACGCACGGAAACUCCUAAAGUGUAUCAUCGUCGCCGUAUCUCUCGCGCGGGGAGCGCGCUUUUUGCGGACCCGCGUCCGAGCGCGCGCGGAUUAUGGGGCGCUGAUGGGCAGGAAAUGUGCUCGCGAAUCACGGGCGACUGGUAACGGGUAACUGGUUUACGACCGACAGACACGCUAAUCUACCCCUCCGAUCUGAAAUGGAUUCCGAUUUGUGCUUUAUGUACCGCCCGUCGAUCGGACGGCCGAUCGUCGCGCGAAUCGGAUUGAGAGAUUUUCACAACGACACGCGAGGUAUUACGUAAUUUUAUUCUUAUUAAACGGCCCCGCUCUCUCGCUCCUGCAGAUGAUACGCUGAAAAUACCCUGGCUGUGCU